GUUGAUCGGCAGUCAGUCCGUGCGGAUGCAUUUGUUCUGUUCUGGAAAAGUCAACCAGUGAAGGAAUCGUUUCGUGCUUGCGUGUGUUUACACUGCUUCGAGUGGUUUGCUUUGUUUACGUCGUGUUUUUCAUUUCGCUUGUGGUCCUUAGAGCCAGAUAAAAUAGACUCGCUCUCCCGCUUGCUCUCCGUGUUUGGGAGGCUCAGUUUGGUUUGUGAUUAAAUUUUCUCCAGCUCCUUUGGGGCCUCUCCCUUGCAGUUGGAAGAAUCAAAUCGGCCUAACCCAACGCCAGCCAGGCCUUCGAACCGGGUGUGUGUUGUUUUGUGCAAAGCCUUCGGAAGACACGGAACAGGUUUUUGUUUUGGGCCGUUUCGCUUUGCGUCCGUUGGAAGAACUCACAGAGAACAACAUAGCAUUUCUCCACCGACUGCGGUGCGGUGAACAACGGAAGAAAACAUUUCUAAGUGCCUUCGAUUAUUAUUAUUGAAAGGUUGUGUUCUUUACGCUGCUCAAAAAUAAGAAGAAAAACUCUAAAUGGAUUUACUACAAACAUUCGAUCCGGAGUGAGAACCGAGAACGUUUUGUGUGUUCGCAGUCGAGUGUUGUCGAAGAACGUUUUAAGUAUAAAAACUUGUAACAUCAAUAAAAACCAAACACCAAAAUGGCAAUCGCUUUCUACUGCGAGGAGGAAGAUCCUAAAGAAGUGCUCUACGUCAGUGGCCAGCAGAGCUUCUACUAUGGAUACAGUCAGUUCAACCAUCAUCAACAACAACAACAACAGCAAACAGCUACCGCAGGUCCUCCAGGUGCGAUCAGUUUGCACCAACAGCAGCAGCAGCAACAACAACAGCAAGAGCAACCUCAACUGCUCAACACCGGUAGCUGUUGUGCGUUUCACGGUGCAGCAAGUGGCGAAAGUCAAAGUGCGGCGACGACGACGAUGACGACGUCGAUGGAGACAGAGACGGUGUCGGGCAGCUCUGCUGGCAACAGCAAAAACAGCAAUAGCAGCAAUAAUGAUGAUGUUAUUGCCAGUCAGCGGCAGCAGCACCAUCGGCAGUUGAUGCGAGUCCUGCACCAGGUGCUAUAUCGAUACACCCUGGAAGGUGCCCUGAGUCCUGCCCACACUUCAUGUGUGUUUUGCAACAAGAUUUACUUCUUGUUCCAACUUCUCUACUGACACCGACGGCAUCGGAUUGCCGCCUACCAUCAUUAUCAUCAUCACCAUAAUCGAAGGUUAUGACGCUGCUGAUUGUUGCGUUAAGAAUUUGCAAUUACAUAAAACACAGAAAAAAAAACCUAUUUUGUUUAACAGAAAGAUAAAAAAAAAAACAUUAAAAACUAAAAAGACACAAAAACUUAAAUCAUCAAAGCUGAAUAAACCGUCGCACCAACACAAUCGUGGGCUGCAGUUUCGCUGAACUCAAAGAG